UGAGUAGAUCUUCCUUUCUCUGUGUGUAUUCUCUGAAAGGGGGAAUCUGUAGGCAUCUCUGUGUUCGUUUGUUGUCAUGUUUCAUCAGCCUGUGCUGAAAAACAGGCGCACUCUCCUGGAAAGAGCAGAGAAGUUUAUCUCUGAUGUUUACUUCACGGACUGCAAUCUGAGAGGACGUCUCUAUGGAGAAUCCUGGCCGGUGGAAACCCUUGCGUCCUUCCUGUCCCCUAAACGCAUCACAUUCCCAGAGGCAUCCAAACAGAACUUUGCACCUUAUAAAAUCGGUGAUACCUUUGGACCAACAUGGUGGACCUGCUGGUUUAAAGUGACCCUGAACAUCCCACAGUCCUGGAGAGGCAAAGAGGUGCACCUUCUGUGGGAAUGUGAUGGGGAAGCAAUGGUUUGGAGACAUGAACAGCCAGUUCAGGGUCUGACCAAAGAGGGUGAAAAGACGAGUUACAUCUUAUCUGAAUGUCUGAGAGAUGAGGAACCACACAGUGUCACCCUUUAUGUGGAGAUGGCCUGUAAUGGGCUCUUUGGAGCUGGACAGGGGUCGAUGAUCGCAGCCCCAGACCCAAAUAGAACAUUUUCAGUACAGAAAGCUGAGCUGGGGGUAUUUAACCGCGAUGUACAGGAACUACUGACUGAUUUUGAGAUGCUUGUCGAUAUUGUUAAGGAACUGGGAGAAGGAGAGCAACGUGGCUUCCAGGCACUCUUCACUGUCAAUGAAAUGGUGAAUCUUUGUGACCCGUCGGAUCCCAGCUCUUUUGCCAGUGCCCGAACUCUGGCUCACAAGUUCUUCAGCCAGAAGAAUGGAGAAAGCCAGCACACUGUCCAUGCAAUGGGCCACUGUCACAUUGACUCAGCCUGGCUGUGGCCCUACGAAGAGACGAUUCGCAAGUGUGGCCGGAGUUGGGUGACUGUGAUCCGAUUAAUGGAGAAGAACCCAGAGUUUGUGUUUACUUGUUCCCAGGCCCAGCAGUUCCAUUGGGUAAAGAAGUGGUACCCAGGACUGUUUUCCCAGAUUCAGCAUUUUGUGAAGAAGGGCCAGUUUGUUCCAGUUGGUGGAACCUGGGUUGAAAUGGAUGGUAAUCUACCCUCAGGUGAGUCCAUGGUCAGGCAGUUCCUAGAGGGCCAGCGCUUCUUUUACCAGGAAUUUGGGAGUUACUGCAAAGAGUUCUGGCUUCCAGAUACCUUUGGGUACUCGGCCCAACUCCCUCAGAUAAUGCAGGGCAGUGGAAUUUCCCAUUUCUUGACUCAAAAACUCAGCUGGAACCUGGUCAACACCUUCCCACACAACACAUUCUUCUGGGAAGGCAUCAAUGGAUCCAAGGUUCUAACACACUUCCCACCAGGAAAUUCCUACGAAAUGAAAGGAAAAGUUGAAGAUCUAAUAAAAACUGUGAAAAACAACAAGGACAAAGGCAGGGCCAACCACAGUGCAGCGCUGUUUGGGUUUGGGGACGGUGGAGGUGGACCCACUCAGCUGAUGUUAGACAGACUCCAGCGGGUUCAGGAUACAGAUGGACUUCCCAAGGUCCAGAUGUCCACUCCUGACCAUCUCUUCUCACAGCUAAAGGCUGAGUCAGAUCUGCUGUGUACGUGGACUGGAGAGCUCUUCCUUGAGCUGCACAAUGGUACCUACACCACAGAGGCACAGAUUAAGCGAGGAAACCGACAGUGUGAGACUCUCCUUCAUGACGUUGAGAUCGCCAGCAGCUUGGCACUGUGUCGAGGACGGACAUUUCCGUAUCCCGUGGAGAAGCUGCAGGAGCUCUGGAGGCUGCUGCUUCUAAACCAGUUCCAUGAUGUGAUCCCCGGCAGCUGUAUUGAGUUGGUGGUGGAAGAUGCACUCAGAUAUUAUGAAGAUAUCCGUCGUGCUGGUGCCAAGCUGCUGCAUGAUGCAUUUGAAGGCCUGGGGUCAAAGGGCAACCCUCCUGGUGUGUUCAACUCUUUGCCGUGGGAGCGCCAGGAAGUCAUCGUGACUCAAGAUGCAGCUGGUAAAACUAGCUUAGCUCUGGUGAACGUUCCUAGCAUCGGUGUGUCUCCUGUCAAAAGCACACAGCCAACGACUCCAGUGUCUGUCACUGUUCAGGCUGAUGGCACGGUCCUCAUGGAGAACGGGAUUUUACAGACAGUUGUAAACAAAGAUGGUACUCUGGCAUCCCUGCGUCUGGUCCAUGCAAACAGAGAAGCCAUCUCUGAUGGCUGUAAUGGGAACCAGUUUGUCAUGUUUGAUGAUGUACCCCUGUUCUGGGAUGCAUGGGAUGUAAUGGACUACCAUCUUCAGACCAGGAAACCAGUGCUGGAGGUGGUGAAGCCAGUUCACGUGGUCUCCUCUGAUGGGCUUCGCAGUGUCGUCAGCCUCACCCUCAGAAUCAGCGACAAGAGCACCAUCACACAAGAGAUUAUCAUGGACGCCAUGUGUCCUUACAUCAAGUUCAACACAGAGGUGAAAUGGGCAGAGUCGCACAAGUUUCUCAAGGUUGAAUUCCCUGUGCGGGUACACAGCUCCCACGCUACAUAUGAGAUACAGUUUGGACACCUGCAGAGACCCACACAUAGGAACACUUCAUGGGACUGGGCGAGAUUUGAGGUUUGGGGUCACAAAUGGGCUGAUUUGUCAGAGCACAACUUUGGAGUUGCAUUGCUAAAUGACUGCAAAUACGGCUAUUCAGUCCACAAGAACACUAUGACACUAUCCCUACUGAGAGCACCAAAGUCUCCUGAUGCCAACGCUGACAUGGGGACUCAUCAUUUCACCUAUGCCAUCAUGCCACAUUCAGGAUCUUUCCAAGAUUCCUCUGUCAUCCAGUGUGCGUACAACCUCAAUUUCCCUUUACGGUUAAUCCAAAGCUGUCCUGACACUGUGGCCUGGAGUGCCUUUUCUGUCAGUCAUCCCGCUGUGAUCCUUGAGACCAUUAAACAGGCGGAGGACAGGAAGGAGUCGCUUGUCGUCCGCUUGUAUGAGUCGCACGGAAGCAGCGUUACUGUAACGCUACGUACUGCCCUUCACGUCAGAGAAGCAUGGCAUUGUGAUCUCAUGGAGAGACAGGAUGGCACCAAGCCGAUACUCAUCACGUCAGAUGGAAUUAUUCUCCAGUUCAGCCCCUUUCAAAUUGUUUCACUUCUUCUUGUCUUGUAAUAACCCUUAUUAAUGAAAUGGUCUGCAGUUCAGGAUGUCUGCAGAUCAAGAUCAAGCCAAUAAACAGAAAAGCAAAAAUUUCAUUAUAUUUUUUAAUGAAAAAUGUAUAAAAAGUAUAAAAACAGAACAGUGUC